AUUGAAUCCUUUGGUUUACCCCGACGGCACGUUCAAUUAAGCCGGCGUCCCCCUCCAUUGAGAAAAAAACAAACUCCACUAUUUGGUAAAAGGCAAAUGUCAGCACUCUGUUUUUGUUUUGUUUUGCUGAGAGGACGUCAUCAUGUCGCUCCUCUGUUUGCCGUGUCGUCUGCACAUUAAUUUCGUUUCACCAGUGUAAGACCAUUGAAAUUUUACCAAUGCAUUCACUUUACCCGAGUGAUUCAUCCAAUAAAGACCGGACCAAUUAAAUUCCGAUCAACCAAUUCAUCAUCACAGGUAGAGCCAAGGAAACGGGGACCGCCGUCGUCCUUCCAUCCAAUCCUCCUCCUGUGAUGGCCUACGGACAAUUCAAACUGGCGUUCGCUGUUUCUGGCUUUCAUCUAUUCUAGUUUGAACAAUUCCUGGUAAGAUACUAAGGUUAAUGGUCUUUUUUUUAAUUAUCUAACUAUAUGUUCUUCUUGUCCCUUUCCCCUGGGAGACUUUUGGACCGACGACUCGGGCAACGAACGAAAGAGCAAAGAUAGAAAGCAGAUUAGUUUUAGUAGCUUUCUGCUUUUUAGCCCGUUGACGGGUCCCUGCCCUUGGUCUCGUCUCCGUUCUGUUUUUGCUUUUCCCGGUCCCAGUUCUUGUGGGUCUCUUUCGCACGAACUUUCAUUUACUUCCAAUCUUCCAUCCCAUUCCCCCCUCUCUCUGUUUUUUUUUGCUGGGUGGCUAAUGAGAGGUUGUAGUUCACUACUAGUUUGUUGAUAAACUCCGAACUUCCCCCAAAUUGUUCUUCAGCUGCAUGCAACACACAUCCGUCCCUGUCUGUUAUACGCUUCAAUUUCUGUUUUCCUUCCAUCUCUGAUUCCUUUCACACACACUGAAUAAAGAAAGCUUCUUCUUACCCUUCUUUGCCUCGCAAGUUCGUUUUGGUAGUUAGAAAGUCCGCGGGGUUGAGCCGGGAGUCUGGGUCUUUGUUUACUAGUCUUGGGUUUGGCUCUGUAAAGGCCGAAUUGUGUGCUAACUAUGUACCUCGCCGAUAAAGUUUCCGUCUUUUCCCUCUUUGCUCUGCUUUUGUACGGUAUGGGAUGUCAGGAAACUGCAGUUUUAAGGUUAACCAACUUUUGAGUCUCUUUGGUUUGGGAGGACUGCAGUUUCCUGCUAGGUUUCCGUUGUGAUUGGGGGCUGCUAAGGAAGUUUGAUUAAGUUUUCGUUGAUUGGGGAUUUGGGUUAAAGCCAAUUGGUGUUGUUAGUUGAGAAUAAUUUCGUUGGUUGGUUUGGGGAAGCAAAGUGAUAACUAGUCUUCAAUCUUUCACCGAUCUGUUGCCCUAAGCGUUUGGUUCCAUAUCACAAGGCAAGCCUUUGUUGUUUCUUCAUGAUAAUAUAUGUUUUGGCUCGGUCUGAUCAUAAAGAUCGAAUACAAUUUAGCCUAAACACGGAAUUGAACUGACUGGUUGCUUGUUUGACUGACUCACAGAUUCAUUUGUCACGCCUGGUUUCAAUGGGAUCUGAUGCCACGGAGCAAGAAGAGGUUUCUCUUCAAUUUCAUUCAUUUAAGGUUCAUCAUUUGAUGUGUGCUCAGUUGAUGAAGUUGGUAGAAAGAAUUAGAGGAAUAUUUCCACAAAUAGAAGCCUCGCGACCUCGAUGCUCAUCUGGGAUACGAGCGCUGGUCUCAUUGGGCUGUGCCCUUGAACGGGCUAAUCAACUUCUUCAGUAUUGCUCCGAGUCAAGCAAACUAUACUUGGCAAUGACUGGAGAGGCAAUAGUUGCUAGAUUUCUGAGAUCAAGAAAGCAAUUAGAACAAAGUUUGGGUCAGAUUCAGACGAUGGUCCCAGUGACCUUGGCUACUGAGCUCUCUCCAAUUCUCGAUGACCUUGAAGCAGCAAACUUUGUGAUGGAUCCCUCUGAGGAGGAGGCGGGGAAGGUAAUGCUCAAGUUGCUUCACCAUGGAACAGAUUCAGCAGAAUCUCAAAUUAUAGUUUUUCGAGUUGCACUCUCUAAGCUUCGAAUCACCUCCCAAAGGGACAUAGUAAUAGAGAUGAGAUCUAUCAAGAAGCUUCUCGACACAGUUGGUGACAGCAGCCCCAACAAAACAGAGAUCUUGAGGACCCUUUUCUAUCUCUUAAAGAAGUACAAAAACUUAGUUUCAAUGAAACACCGAAAGGGUUACCAUGAAGGAACAACUCCCAUUACUGAUAAUAUCAACGAUGGGCAGGGAAAUCCAGGAGUAGGGAACCUCGGUGAUGAUGCCCGACAGCCUGAAAUAUUGUCAACUGAUGCUGCUGGACCACCUGAAGAGUUUAGGUGCCCUAUAUCAAGGAGAGUGAUGUAUGAUCCUGUCAUCAUUGCUUCUGGACAAACGUAUGAAAGGAUGUGGAUACAAAAGUGGUUUGAUGAAGGCAAUAACACAUGUCCCAAGACAAAAUCGAAGUUGGAGAACUGUUUCAUGACCCCAAACACCGGUAUGAAGGCCCUCAUAUCAAAGUGGUGUAUAAACUAUGGAAUCACCAUUACUGAUCCAACUACACAACCAUUGCAGUCUUUGGAUCUUUCUUCCGACUCCAUCACUAGCUUAAGCAGUUCUAUGAAUGAUAUUGUUCAACUCGAUAUCAGCAGUCUAUCACUCGGUUCUUUGGAAGCUAGUUACAGCUAUGAUGUUGUAGAACAUUCAAGAUCGAAGCUAAUGCCUGAACAUGACAGUCUUAGUAAGUGUGAGUAUCAUGCAAAAAUGUGUGACAAGGAAGUGGAGGUAUUAUCUCAGCUGUCAGAGCUUCCUUGGGAUUCUCAGUGCAAGAUUAUUCAGGAUAUAAAUAGUCGCCUGAAAAAUUGUGUGUGUCAAGUUUGGGAUUCUGAGUCAUCUAGAUUGUUUAUUGAACCGCUGCUUAUACAUUUGAGAGAUGCUCUUGAGCGGUGUGAUAUACCAGCCCAGAAGAAUGGAUCCAAAUUGUUCCUUGCACUUGUGGACAAAUCUGGAAGCGGAGCAUCACACUUGCAGGAAGAUGCAUACAGUUUGUUGGCAUCUUUCCUUGACUCUGAAGUAAUUGAUGAAACUGUUGCAAUAUUAGACAGGCUCUCUGCCCACCAAAACUGCAGGUCCAAAAUCGAAGCAUCUGGUGGCAUUGAUUUUCUCCUGAAGAUAUUCGACUGUGAGAGGAAGGAACUACAGGAACAGGUGAUCAGAAUCUUAUGCAACUUGUCCUCAUCAAGCAGUGACGUCUGUUCCAAGUUAGCUUCUUUGGAAUGUUGUAUUAUUCCGAAGCUGGUUCCUUUCAUCAAGGAGAGCAGUGUCGCAAGACACUGCAUCCUUCUGCUCAAAAACUUGUGUGACACGGAGGAGGCUCGGGUUACUGUUGCCGAGACCAAUGGCUGCAUCUCUUCCAUCGCUGAACUGCUGGAGAGUGAGAGCGGUGAGGAGCAAGAGCAUGCAGUGACUGUCCUUCUCUCUCUAUGCUCUCAGAGAGUUCAGUACUGCCAUUUGCUGAUGGAAGAAAGCGUGAUUUCUAACCUUUUUAGCAUCUCGUUGAAUGGGAACGACAAGGCUAAAGUGAGUGCAUUGGAAUUGCUUCGGCAAUUCAGAGAUGUGAAGCCUUCUGAAAGAACUGAGCUAGAAAGCAGCUCUCUUCCUCCUCAUUGCCUUGAUGAUGCAGCUGCUCAUGUAGAGGUUGUUUCUCCUCGUGGUACAGGAAGAAAGCAAGGAUUUUUUAGGAGCCUAGCUGGGUCUCUUACAUCCAAGAAGAAGGGAUAGAUAAAUGGUUUGCUCUUACCCGGUUUAGGUAUUCUCGUUAUUUUAUUUAAUUUUAUUUUUUUAUCCUUGGGAAGAGCCAAGGGUUUACCUGGUUGAAUCUAUAGUUAGAUAUAAUCACAUGCCUUUGUUAGUCAGUGGCUUUGUUUUUGUUUGUAGCAUAAGUUGGUUUUGUUUUCCAUUUUCCUUUCACUCUGAUGCCUAAUGCAGCUGUAUAUUUUUUGGUAGAAUGUAUAUGUACACAGAUGUGGCUUUGCUUGCCACUCAAUCCCAAUGUGAAUUGGACUCCUUGUUAAUAAUCAGAGGCUUUAGCUCCACUUACAUUUACUCCCCAAUAAAGAGACUAAUGGAAG